UUAAAAUAUUCUAAAACGUAAACCGAAGCCUAGCUAAAGAUUGAUGAGCUUGACGAAAUCAAGUAGUCAAAUGUUUGAAAUUCCACGUGUUCAAUAUAUUUCCUCUUCAUUCCAGUGAUUUUUGCGGAACAGCUUAUUUUCAUUUUAACCCUUCCUACUGCGACCAUGCGCGGAUGAUCUGCGCCGUUCACUGAAUGACCGCACUUCGGCGCGCCAACACUUUCAAAGCUGACGUUCACCGGUUUGUCUGGGAGGACAGUUGAAGAUUUCAAACAACACCCUUGAUGUUAAAACCGAAUUGACGUCUUGGUCUAAUCCAGAGAGUGGUGAAAAGACAACGGAGCUUGGGCCGCGCUUUAUUCAUAUUAACAAACUGAGGACGAUGAUGAGAUACUUAACCUGGACAGCAAAAUCCGGUUUAAUUGAGUACAAGGAGGCAUGAAGAACCAGGCUUGAGGAACUCUCAUCCAGAACCUUCCGUAGAGGAGGAAGAGGAGGCAGCGGAUGGAGGAAGAGAGAGCCAGGAUGCUGGAAGACGAAGGAGAGGAUGAGGGCGGGAUGGGUGUGGAGAUGGAGGUCGGCGGCCCGGUCGACCUCAGAACGGCAGUGGCGAGGCUGACGCUGGAGCUCCAGGAGGCCAACGAGGAGAAGCUGCAGGCGGCUCGCUACGGCCUGGCCGUCUUGGAGGAGAGCGCCGCCGUCAAGAGCCGCAACAGCCAGCUGGAGGAGGAGCAGGAGGCCCUCAAGCAGGAGCUGCAGCAGCUGCGGGAGGCCCUGGCGGACUCAGUGAGCAGUCAUAAGCGAGCGGCGGCAGACGGCGAGAGCCGAGAAGAAUCUUUGCUUCAGGAGACAGCCAGCAAGGAGGCUGCCAUGGCGACGCGCAUGGAGGAGCUGCAGGUGGAGCUUCGGCAGGCCCGCAUCACGUUGGCCAAUGCGCUCUCAGAGAGCGAAAGGCUGGGCGGGCUCUCAGCACAGCUCAAAAAGGAAUGUGAGUGUUUGGAGGCGGAGAAGGGUCACAUGCGUGAUGAGAUGAAGGAGUUUAAGGUGCGCGAGCUUCAGCAGCUGCAGGAUAACAGCGAGCUGGAGGAGGAGAACAUCUCACUGCAGAAACAAGUCUCCGUUCUAAAGGAGAACCAGGUUGAGUUUGAGGCCCUGAAGCUGGAGCUCUCUCAUAAGGAGGAGGAGCAGGAGGAGCUGCGCGCUCAGCUGGAGGAGGCCGGCCGGCUGCGGGCCAUCGCGGAGCGUCAGCUGGACGAGGCGCUGGAGGCCCUGAAGGAGGAGCGCGAGCAGAAGAACUGCCUCCGACGCGAGCUCUCCGCCCUGGCCCUCAACCCCUUCGACUCCCUCGGACCCCUGGAGCUCCACCUCGGCCAGCUCGACGACAGCCACGACAGCACCGGGGGGAAGAGAGAGGAGGACGGGGAGAAGGCUGACGAGGAGGACCAGGACAGCGGGUUUAAUAACGGGCCGAGCUCCGGGUCCAAGGGGACCAGCGGCAGCGGGAAGGCCCAGCUGAGGAGUUCGACGCCCAGGAGCAGCGACGCCUUCCUCAGGCCCCCGGCUCCAGGCCUGGUGGCCGACCUGCUCAGCGAGUUGCACCUGUCGGACGGCCAGAAGCUCAAACAGCAGCUGCUGCAGGUGGAGCGUGAGAAGGCCAGUCUGGCCAGCACAGUGCAGGACCUCCAGAAGCAGCUGGUUCUGUCCAAAGAGGCCCUGAACGAGCAGCAGGCCAAGAUGGACCAGCUGGCCCAGAGGCUAGAGGCUGCACUCUCUCCCCAGCCGGCGGGGCCCAAACUCGGGCAGGGUCAUCAGGAGAACGGCCUGGGGCAGAACGGCAUGGUGGAGGAUGGCGGUGGGGACUGCGACUACUACGAGCUGGACGCCAAGAGCGCGGAGGUGCUGGAGUGCCGCAUGGCGGCGGCCAGCGAGGAGGUGUCGCGCCUCCGGCAGGAGCUGAAGGCGUCGGAGGCGCGCUCGGCCGCCCUAGAGAGCCGCUGCCGGCAGGAGAAGGAGCGCUGGCGCGGAGAGGCCCAGGAGCUGGCCGACAAGAUCCGCCAGUGCAUCGCCGCCAGCCGGCUGGACCAGGAGCGCAUCGGGCAGCUGGAGCGCGAGAUCGGCGCCACGCGGCGGGUGGCCAGCGACUCGGAGGGACACCUGAGCGCCACGCAGGAGGAGCUGCUGGCCUUCUCCGAGGAGUUGUCCGCGCUCUACCACCACGUGUGCGUCAGCAACAACCUCACGCCCAGCCGCGUCACCCUCGACUACUACCGCGACGGCGGCGGCUGCCGGGCCAGCGGGCGGAGAGGAGAGCAUCAGCACCCGCUCCGCAAGCGCAGGAACGGGGAGGGGUACGGCCGGAGCAGCCUGGGAGACGAGCCCGUCGGAGGAGGAGGCGAGCGGAGUGGAGAGUCGUCCCCUGCCUGCGGGAGCUGCCCGGGGUCUCCCACGCCAGACUUCAGGGACCCCACCAACGUCAGGAACCUGGUGGCCGUCAUCCGCUGCCAGAUCAAACACCUGCAGGUGGCAGUGGACCUGUGCAGGAAGCGGGGCACGUUGCCGUCUGCGUCGGGUUCGGACGCGGACCGGGACACGGAGGCGCUCCUGGAGGAAGUGCUCAAGCUCAAGUCCCUGCUGAGCACCAAGAGAGAGCAGAUUGCCACACUGCGCACCGUCCUCAAGGCCAACAAACAGACGGCGGAGCUGGCCCUGAACAACCUGAAGACGAAGUACGAGACGGAGAAGGCCAUGGUGUCUGAGACCAUGGUGAAGCUCCGCAACGAGCUCAAGGCCCUGAAGGAGGAUGCAGCAACAUUCUCCUCUCUGCGUGUCAUGUUCGCCAGCAGGCUAAAACCUCCAGUGACUCUGAAGGGUCUCCUGCGCUGUAAGGCUCUUCGCAUCUACCUCCAGAAGCACCUGAGCCUGAGGUGUGACCAGUAUGUGACGCAGCUGGACGAGAUGCAGCGUCAGCUGGCGGCGGCGGAGGACGAGAAGAAGACGCUCAACUCGCUGCUGCGCAUGGCCAUCCAGCAGAAGCUGGCGCUGACGCAGCGCCUGGAGGACCUGGAGGCGCCGCUCUCGCCCCUCAGCAACGGCAGCGCUGGAGCGGGCAGCCCGCGGCGGUCCCGCGCCAAGCAGCUGGGCACCAAGUCCGGCCGGGCGCCCCGCAGCCCCCUGCGUUCCAGUCCACGCGCCAGCCCCGUCUUCAUGACCCCGACCGGCCCCCAGGGCAUGGUCAGCCACUUACGGGUCAUUUCCCGGAGCGUGCACGGCAGCCCACGGUGAAAGGUCGUCAUCUGUCCCCACGCCCCUCUCUCCAAUCUGGCUCGUGUGUUGGGGAACGUUCAUGUCGACCUCCAUCUCUCUCUCUCCUCCGCCUGGCUCCUGUGUCUGGGGAACAUGUCAUGUAGACCUCAUCACACCUUCAUGUGAUCCUUCCCCUGCUUGCUCGACCUCUCUGCAUCUCAGACCCAACAGACCUCAGAAGCACUCAUCAGGACCUCUCUGUCAAGCAUUCAUUUCUCACUCUUUCUCUCUCUCUCUCUCUCUCUCUCUCUCUCUCUCUCUCUCUCUCUCUCUCUCUCUCUCUCUCUC